CUCAUUCCGUUCCAGCUAACGGAGAAGAAGCGACGGCCUUUUCUAAUCUUUCAUUGAGAAAAGGCGAGACAAAAACAUCAAUAGAUUGUCUUCGGUAAGUAAUUACACUUUCUAAAAAGACGGAAUAGCAGUAAAAUAUUCAGAGCAAUGGAUGAAUAAUUCCGUUCUCUGUAUUCAUCAUCGCUGUAUGACGGGGAUCGCCUGCUGUCACAAGACAACCGUGUGGGGGGAGGAGGGGGGUCUGAUGCACGGAUGUUGUAGGGAUACAGAUGCAGGCCUGUCUUCAAGUAAAAUAUCUUCGUGUGCGUACAGGGAACCUACGUUCGUGUGCGUGCAGGGAACCUACGGGUAGCACGGCCGCCCACUGCGGAACUUGAUAGCAGGCCGAAUAUUUAAUGAAAUAGUGUCACCUUACAUGAAACAUUGUCACUGCUCAUAGAUGUAUGUCUAUAUUUUUUUAGGGUAACUGUGUAACUCAGACUCAAUUUUAUUCCAACUGUCUAUUUUGUUCCAACUGCAUGGGAUGGUAUAGCUAAAACAAUUUCAGAGUCGCUAAAUUCUUCUUAUUUUCCUGUCUCAGCCUCCAGCCAAAAUGAUCCACAGCCUGUUCCUCGUGAACUCCUCGGGGGAUAUUUUCCUUGAGAAACACUGGAAGAGCGUUGUGAGCCGCUCCGUGUGCGACUACUUCUUCGAGGCGCAAGAGCGCGCCAGUGAGCCGGAGAACGUGCCCCCCGUCAUCCCGACCCCCCACCACUACCUCAUCAGCGUGCUCAGGCACCGCAUCUACUUUGUGGCAGUCAUCCAGAGCGAGGUGCCGCCGCUCUUUGUCAUCGAGUUCCUACACAGGGUAGUUGAUACAUUCCAGGUUUGUACUUGGACUUGGUAUACUCACUUUUCAUCCAUUCACUUUCAUUUGUACUUGUUCAGGCUCUUCUUCACCUAGGUCUACCUUGCAAUGUGAUCUGUCCAGCGGUCUAAAGUCUUACAACUGCUAACUCUCUCUGAGUUACUGAAUGUCUUAUUGUUAAGUUACCAAAUGUUUUUACUUUUUAAAGGAUGUCGUAAGUCAUUGAUCAAAAUAUACUGAUCCCGCCCUGUUGUCAGGACUAUUUUGGGGUGUGCACGGAGGCAGCGAUCAAGGACAAUGUGGUGGUAGUAUAUGAGCUGCUAGAGGAGAUGCUGGACAAUGGCUUCCCCCUGGCCACAGAGUCCAACAUCCUCAAAGAGCUCAUCAAGCCACCCACCAUCCUGCGCACAGUGGUCAACACCAUCACAGGUACCUGAAGAUUACCAUGUCUGCCUCUACACGGUCACUAUGUCAUCACUUUUUUCCUGACUAUUAAAAACCUCAACCUCCUAGUAUUAUACCACAUAACCUGACCAGAAAAAACAGGCCCUUAGUCAUGACGUGUGUUCAUCAUUAUUUACAUUAUUUCUUAAUUAUUCAUCAUAAUUAUUUACACAUUAUUGGCAGCAUUGGCUAUGAUACUAUAUGUUUUUAAACGUUGCAUUUAGACCCAUGUCACUGUACACAACUAUCUGAAUGUGUACAUAAUGUUUGUGUCAUAUUUGACUGUUCUGUUGUCUGUAGGCAGCACCAAUGUAGGGGAGCAGCUCCCUACUGGGCAGUUGUCUGUAGUGCCAUGGCGACGCACUGGAGUCAAGUACACCAACAACGAGGCCUACUUUGAUGUAGUGGAGGAGAUUGAUGCCAUCAUUGAUAAAUCAGGUAUAGUUGGCCCACUGCCCCAUCAUGCUGUCAGGUAAAACUGUCCUGACCCAUUAAAAGCAACAGAAACACAGAACUUGACAUUCUGAUUGACUCUUUCUCUCUAUAUUUAUAUAUUUACACUACUGGUCAAAGGUUUUAGAACACCUACUCAUUCAUUUUCUACAUUGUAGAAUAAUAGUGAAGACAUAAAAACUAUGAAAUAACACAUAUGGAAUCAUGUAGUAACCAAAAAAAUGUUAAACAAAUCAAAAUAUAUUUUAUAUUUGAGAUUCUUCAAAUAGCCACCCUUUGCCUUGAUGACAGCUUUGCACACUCUUGGCAUUCUAUAAAGCACCUUCACCUGGAAUGCUUUUCCCACAUAUGCUAAGCACUUGUUGGCUGCUUUUCCUUCACUCUGCCUUCCGACUCAUCCCAAACCAUCUCACUUUGGUUGAGGUCGGGGGGUUGUGGUGGCGAGGUCAUGUGAUGCAGCACUCCAUCACUCUUCUUCUUGGUAAAAUAGCCCUUACACAGCCUUGGAGGUGUGUUGGGUCAUUGUCCUGUUGAAAAACAAAUGAUAGUCCCACUAAGCCCAAACCAGAUGGGAUGGCGUAUCGCUGCAGAAUGCUGUGGUAGCCAUGCUGGUUAAGUAUGCCUUGAAUUCUAAAUAAAUCAGACUGUCACCAGCAAAGCACCCCCAUACCAUAACACAUUUACAUUUACAUUUUAGUCAUUUAGCAGACGCUCUUAUCCAGAGCGACUUACAGUUAGUGAGUGCAUACAUUAUUUAUUUUUUUUUCAUACUGGCCCCUCGUGGGAAUCGAACCCACAACCCUGGCGUUGCAAACGACAUGCUCUACCAACUGAGCUACAUCCCUGCCGGCCAUUCCCUCCCCUACCCUGGACGACGCUGGGCCAAUUGUGCACCGCCCCAUGGGUCUCCCGGUCGCAGCCGGCUACGACAGAGCCACCUCCUCCUCCAUGCUUUAUGGUGGGAAAUACACAUGCGGAGAUCAUCCGUUCACCCACACCGCGUCUCACAAAGACACAACAGUUGGAACCAAAAAUCUGAAAUUUGGACUCCAGACCAAAGGACACAUUUUCACGGGUCUAAUGUAAAUUGCUCGUGUUUUUUGGCCCAAGCAAGUCUCUUCUUCUUAUUGGUGUCCUUUAGUAGUGGUUUCUUUGCAGCAAUUCGACAAUGAAGGCCUGAUUCACACAGUCUCCUCUGAACAGUUGAUGUUGAGAUAUGUCUGUUACUUGAACUAUGUGAAGCAUUUAUUUGGGCUGCAAUUUCUGAGGCUGGUAACUCUAAUGAACUUAUCCUCUGCAGCAGAGUUAACUCUGGGUCUUCCAUUCCUGUCGCGGUCCUCAUGAGAGCCAGUUUUAUCAUAGCGCUUGAUGGUUUUUGUGACUGCACUAUACUAUACCCCCCCUACCUUGUCACAACACAACUGAUUGGCUGAAACGCAUUAAGAAGGAAAGAAAUUCCACAAAUUAACUUGAAAUUCAUUCCAGGUGACUAUCUCAUGAAGCUGGUUGAGAGAUUGCCAAGAGUGUGCAAAGCUGUCAUCAAGGCAAAGGGUGGUUAUUUGAAGAAUCUCAAAUAUAAAAUAUAUUUUGAUUUGUUUAACACUUUUUUGCUUACUACAUAAUUCCAUAUGUGUUAUUUCAUAGUUUUUAUGUCUUCACUAUUAUUCUACAAUGUAGAAAAUAGUCAAAAUAAAGAAAAACCCUUGAAUGAGUAGGUGCUCUAAAACUUUUGACCGGUAGUGUAUAUAUUUAUAUCUCUCUAUAUGUAUAUUUAUAUCUCUCUAUAUAUCUCUAACACACUCUUAGGCUCCACUAUCACAGCAGAGAUCCAGGGGGUGAUUGAUGCCUGUGUGAAACUGACAGGCAUGCCUGACCUCACUCUCUCUUUCAUGGUGAGUCCUCUCUUUCUCUCUCUCUCUAGCCCAGGGGUGGGCGAUAAUUUAGGCUCGAGGGCCAUACCGGGAUUUCAAAAUUCAGCGGAUGGACGAUUUUUUUUUCUUUCUUCCAGACCUACUUGUUUUGUCAAAAGCAAUUUAAUGGCCAGAAAAAGGGCAGUUAUUUGAAAAUAUAUGUCCAUUAUAAUUUCAACAUACUUUCUAUCUCAUUUUAGAUGUUCAAGAGUAGCCUGGAGUGUUUUUUUAACACAUUGAAUGGGCUCGCGGGCCAGAUUCGUAGUUUGCCCACCUGUGCUCUAGCCAAUAGUUUAUCUACUCUUGUCCUGUGCAAAUAACCGUUCCCUCUCUGCCUCUCCAUAUGAAAUAAUUAAUAUUUUUAAUAUUUUUGAACUGUGUUGUAUAACUGUAGACUUCCUGUCCAUUUCUCUCACUCUUUCUUUCUCUCUCUCUCCCUCUUUCUCUUCUGUCUUGAUACCAGAUUUUUAACUGUUGUACUGAAUAACUGUGUCAACAUUGUCCUGUCUGUUUCUGUCUCUUCCCCUCUCUUUCUCUCUGUCUUGAUACACCUGUCUGAUCCUGUCACAGAACCCUCGUCUGCUGGAUGAUGUGAGCUUCCACCCGUGUGUGAGGUUCAAGCGCUGGGAAGCUGAGAGGAUCCUCUCCUUCAUCCCUCCAGACGGAAACUUCCGGCUGCUCUCCUACCACGUCAGCUGCCAGAAGUCAGUACUGCGCUCUCUUUACCUCUGCAAAGAGAGGCUAAACAUCAUGUUAUGUGCUCAAGGCAUAACUCAAACACACACACACACACAGUAUCUGAAUGUUUGCUUUUUCUUGUCAUUGUCUUAAUUCAGUCUCCACCCAUUAAAGGUCAACAAGGUAUUUCAAAGUAAAUUUACAUUGUAGUUUAGGCUCGAACUAAAACUAGAGUUGUUGUAAAACGUUAGCUAGAUGAAGACCUGUGUUUGGUUUAACGUUACAUUCAUAAUUAAAUGGAUGUUUUUAUUCACAAAACAUCCAUUUGGCAAAGCAUUAGAUGUAAGUACAAUAGUAUAGUGUCAGUACUGUACAUUUAUUGGUAUAGAUUGGAUCAUUAUUCCCUUGUGGUUUGGCUUGGGAAAACCCAGAAACAAUAUUUUGCAGCAAUGCCACUAUGGUAAUGGUCCUGACGUUUACAUUAUCAAAAUUUUUUGUUUGAAGUUUCACGUUUGAAAGUUGUAAUAACAAUGUAACAAACUGACAUCUGUGCAGAAAAUGAUUCACUUUCAGGAUUAUUCACUUACUUACUUGCACACUUUGUGUUCAGUGUGCUCUGUGCUGUUUCUGUCUCUGUGUCCGUCCUACCUGUGUUAUUCUGACACUCUGUGUCUGCCCCUCAGUCUGGUGGCCAUCCCAGUGUACGUCAAGCACAACAUCACGUUUAGGGAGGGUAGUUCUCAGGGCCGCUUUGAGCUGACCCUGGGCCCCAAGCAGACCAUGGGGAAGGGGUUAGAGGCUGUUCUGAUCAGCAGCCAGCUACCCAGAGGAGUCCUCAACACCAACCUCAACCCCUCCCAGGGGACAUACACCUUCGACCCUGUCACUAAGGUAAGGUGGUUGGAAAGGGAGUGUGAGUGUGAGAGACGGAGUGACAGUCUGUCCAUCUGUGCGUGCGACUGUGUGUGUGUGUAUGUGCGACUGUGUGUAUGUGCGACUGUGUGUGCGUGCGACUGUGUGUGUGUGUGUGUAUGCAGACAGGGACUUAUCCGACCAGUUUGGUGAAUGCUGUAAACAUACAAAAGGGUAUAUAAUCUUACGUUUCAAGGGAUGGUUAAUUCCGCCUCCCACCCACCUGUUUGCGUUCAAAACAAUACCCAUCUUCCUGUGUGUGGUAAUAACAGUGGGAGGCUACUGUGUUGUCCCUAUGCAGCUCUUGUCAUGGGACGUGGGUAAAAUCAACCCUCAGAAGCUGCCUAGUCUAAAGGGCUCUAUGAGCCUGCAGGCAGGGGCCUCCAAGCCAGACGAGAACCCCACCAUCAACAUCCAGUUCAAGAUCCAACAGUCGGCCCUCUCAGGUAAGACAAACACACACACACACACACACCUUAUCAGAAUUGGUUAUUACACUCUAGAGUAGCAGUUGCUCCUUAGCCGUUGAACUAGUAUCAAUUUAGGGAAUAAAUAAAUAUCUAACCCUAGAUCAUAUAUUAAUAUUCUAUCUACUAACUCCGUAUUACACAGCAUGGUCAGCAGACACUACAUUACAUCCACACAGCUUAUUCACAGUGACACCUUUUACCACUAGAUGGAGACAAGAUACUCCAUUUCUAUUUGUUCUAUCUGAUCCCCCACAGAGGUUUGCAUCUGUUUCCAAAAGGGAUGUAGGCUACUUCCCUUGAAUUGUCCAAAUCCAAUGGUUUAUAUGACUUUCUGUAGAAUACAUUUUAAAUAGCAAUGUGACACCUUUUCUCCUUUAAUUUCCUUGUUCUUCUCCAGGACUGAAGGUGAAUCGGUUGGAUAUGUACGGGGAGAAAUACAAACCGUUCAAAGGCAUCAAGUACAUGACCAAGGCCGGCAAAUUCCAGGUGCGGACAUAGAGGCUCGGCUCGCCGCUCUCUGGCCUCUGCACCAAUACUACUACAGAUGGUGGGGAAUAAAUACAGAAAAUAUAAGGAAGGGAGUGGCUAUGGUACAUUCCCAGUGUAAAUGCAUUUCAGGAUUUAUCCACACAAACUGUGGGCUCUGCUGUCUAACUGAACUAGCUACCACAGAAUGUGACACGACACACAAAAGCCUAUUUAAUGAAGUUGUUUGCACAGUCAAAUGGGUGGAGAUAAGAGGCUAUCCGUCUAAACGUGUCUACAGCUUUUGUAGUAAGCUAAAGCCUGGAAUUGGUCUUUCUGUUGUGCUAUUUCUGGUUCCUUUUCCAAUCUCGUUGCUAUCCUUUGAAUUCCUUUUGUGAGCGAGAAUGGCAGGCAAAACGGUUUGUGUGUGCUUCCCUCAAAUGUGGGCUACUACUGUCUACUGCUAGUACGUCUCCUCAUGCUCCCAUCCAUUCCUUAUAACCAAUGGCCCAGAGUUUCGGUCAUCACGAGUUAACACAGCUACAAUGUCAUAAUUAUGGCUAAACCCCGCCCAUUUCUACAAUUUAUCUUCUUAAAAUCUGAUUUUAAAUCUAAACCUAACCACACUGCUAACCUUAUGCUUAACCUUAAAUUAAGACCAAAAAGCUUAUUUUUUUCAGCCAAUUUUGACAUUGUGGCUGACUUUGUGGCUCUACCAACUGAGCUACCUCCCUGCCGGCCAUUCCCUCCCCUACCCUAGACGACACUGGGCCAAUUGUGUGCCGCCCCAUUGGUCUCCCGGUUGCGGCCGGCUACGACAGAGCCUGGAUUCGAACCAUGUCUCCCGAGUGGCGCAGUGGUCUAAGGCACUGCAUCGCAGUGCUAGCUGUGCCACUAGAGAUCCUGGUUCGAAUCCAGGCUCACAAUUGGCCCAGUGUCGUCUAGGGUAGGGGAGGGAAUGGCCGGCAGGGAGGUAGCUCAGUUGGUAGAGCAUGGCGUUUGCAACGCCAGGGUUGUGGGUUCAAUUCCCAUGGGGGGCCAGUAUAAAAAAAUAUAUAUGUAUGCACUAACUGUAAGUCGCUCUGGAUAAGAGCGUCUUCUAAAUGACGUAAAUGUAAAUGUAGAUUCUGACUUUGUGGUUGUGUUAUCUAGUGGAAACCCAGAGUUUCUUCUGCUCAGGUCAUAUGGUCAGGACUUGAAAAGUUCCUGGCUCUACCUAUAUUACAUGUUAUUCUAAAUUCUCUGUUCCCUUUACUUAUUCCAAUGCUCCCUGUUUUCUGAAUUUCUCUCUUCGGUCCUUUAACCAAAUGUAUUUCUGUGUCUCUGUCUGUUAUCAACUCUGGAGUCAACACACUGGAGUUUGAGAAUGCGACAUGAAAUCCCUCCGCCUGAAUCAUUCACUACCAUGCCUAUUUCUGUCAACAGUUAAUACUGUAGGCAUAACCAUGUCAUUCCCAAAUCCAAUGUAGCGGUUGUAGGAUGAGUUUGACACAGUACGUUAGUUUUUCUCUCUUUUUCUAUAUCAUAUAAGGCGUCAGGUCGAGCACCUUGCUGUGGCCUACCUGAUGUUUUAUCCACCUUAAUCCCUCCUGAUGACCUUUUUAAUUAUUAUUUAUUGACCAAUGAUUGAUCAAUGAUGUAAUCCUGAUACGAGCACCAAAUCGUAUACUGUAUAACCCAGCUCAUAUCAUGCAGCUCAAAUGUAUCUUUAUUACUCUAUAGUGAAUUCUACAUAGGCUUGAGCACCAUGAAGACCAAUAACAUGAAACAUGCUGCCCCCCUAU